AUACAGGAUGUAUAUAGGCUAGCGCCUAUAUCAUGCACUUUGCAAACCAUAUCGGGCAAGUUCAUCAUGGGUGCCACCGAGUGCUGCGGGGCCAUUCACCGGGGCUGGUAUGCAGUCCUCUGCUUGCACGUCAACUGGUUGCUGUGGGCCGGGCUCCUGAAAGGGCUAGGGGUGAUGUUGCCGACGCUCAAGGAGCAAUUCACAGCCGAGACGUGGAUGAUUGGAUGGUUGAUUGCCACUAUCAAUGGCGCGGCUAGUUUCACAGCUCCCCUUUCGGUGCCGCUGGAGGGCAAGUUUGGCACUCGUGCUGUGGUGACAGUCAGUGGUUUUCUGGUUGGAACGUCUAUGAUUCUCUCUUCUUUCUCCAACAGUGCUAUUCAGAUGAUGCUCACAUCUUUACUCGCUGGUCCUGGUCUAAGUAUAGUGAAUGUUCUGACAAGAGCAGCGACGGGACGUUAUUUCACCACCAACUACGCCACCGCUAACGGCAUCGGGACCUCAGGACACGCAGUGGGUAUGAUCCUCAUGGCGCCGCUAACUCAACUGCUACUCGACACCUACGGAUGGAGAGGCGCCUUAGUGCUGAUUGGGGCUUUGAGCCUGCACCUUGGCGUAUGUGGCCUCCUGCUCAGAUCACCGCCAAUAGCACCUACACAGGCGCCGGACAGGUAUUUACCAAUCAUCUCCAGCGAAGAAGAGAAGUCACCACCUGACGAAGCGAGCCACGACACUAAGAACGUUUCCCGACUCAGCAACUUCAGGGGUGCCAUCUGGGCGCAAAGGAAUCUCUUAGGAUGCGCAGUUUGUUGCCGCGUCGAGUUCUGGAUUGUGUCGCUCGUGUACGGCUGCGCUUUCUUUGUAAGCAGUCUGUGGCUGAUCUACUUCGUUGCUUACGCGGAGGCGAAAGGUUUCUCCGGCUACGAGGCCGUGACGUUCACCACGGUUGGAGGGAUCGGAAACCUUGUAUUCAAGGUCGUAGUCGGUGUCAUUGUCGACCGAGGUCUGCUCAAGUUGCGGUUGAGCAUGUCAGUGAUGAUCAUCGUAAAUUCGGUUGCUUUACUAGUACUGCCCUGGAUGAACUCCUACUGGCUGAUGGUGGCCAAUGCCUUCAUUUUCAAUGGCUUCAACGGGGCUUUGUCAUCCCUUAUCGACAUUUACACCCGCGAAUUGCUUGGAGCUGAAGACCUGGUUUCAGCUUUCAGUUGGAUGGAUCUUGUCGCGACCACCUUUCAACUGGCAUUCGGAUUUUUCCCAGGUUGGAUAUUUGACCGGAAUGGGAGCUACGACACUGCCUUUGUCAUCUUGGGAUGUGUUGCGAUGCUGCCGUUGGUGGCGCCGUUUAUGGAAACGGUGCUCAAUCGAUGGAGGGCACAACUUGGUACAUGAAUUAUCCAUUGUUGUUCAAAACCACUGAGAUGAAUGUACAAUGUACAAGUAUUGAUCUUUUAAUCUUUUUAAAGGCACACGGGAGCUUUAAAACAUUAAAAAGUGGAGACUUUAACCUUGAUAGACUGGUUAGGCCAAAAAAAAACUGAUAGUCGGUCUUUGGUCAGCGCGCGCGUCGAUUUUAACCAUGCGCGUCA